AUGAGCAACCAGGGCAACCAUGAAGCCAGCAACCAGGGCAUCAGCGCAGAUGAAAUCGCUCUUUACGACAGGCAGAUCCGCCUAUGGGGUGUGCAGGCCCAAGAAAAAUUGAGGUCUGCAAAGAUACUUCUGGUGACUUGCAAGGCAUUGGCGAAUGAGAUCGCAAAAAACCUUGUUCUCGCUGGAGUCGGGUCGUUGACUAUCAUUGACCAUGAACCGGUUACCGAGAUCGAUUUGGGCGCUCAGUUCUUUGUUUCCCAAGAGACCAUUGGCCAAAAUCGGGCAGAAGCUGCAGCGCCUCAUAUUCGUGCCAUGAAUCCUAGAGUGCUGUUAAACAUUGACACAGACAAUGUCCACACCAAACCACCGGAGUUUUUUGGAGCUUUUGAUAUUACUAUUGCUACCGACCUUGACUUUAUGACUUAUACAAACAUCAACGCGGCCUGUCGCAUUGCAAGUCGACGUUUUUAUGCCGCCGGGCUACACGGCUUCUACGGGUACGUCUUUGCAGACCUGAUUUCGCACGACUUUGUCAUUGAGCGUGAAAAAUCAAAUGUCUCUUCGCAUGGCCAGGAAACGCCCACGCGGUCAAUUGUCGGCAUCGCCACGAAACGAGAAAACGACAAGGUCAUUGAGCUGGUGACAAAGCGUGAAAUUUACUCGCCGCUUCUCCUUGCCAACAGUUCUCCUCUUCCCGAGGAAUUCACGCGCAUUGCGAGAAAAAAGAAACAGGUAACUCCACUUUUGAGCUGUCUCCGAGCCCUGUGGGAAUUCCAGAGGACAUCCAACGGCAAACUCCCGACCUUUUCACGCUCCGAACUCGAGGUUUUUACCACGCUUGUCAACGAACGCCACCGCGAACUACAGCUCGAUAUCAGCUCUAUCGACUCUUCUUUCUUGCGGAGCUUCCUGGAAAACCUCGGCUGCGAACUGAGCCCCGUGGCCGCGUUCCUCGGCGGCAGUCUUGCGCAGGACGUAAUCAAUGUUUUGAGUCUGCGUGAGCAACCACUCCAAAACCUAUUGCUGUUUGACGGAGAGAAGAACAUUGCGCCUAUAUACCCUCUGCACCCGAUUUUCCCGCCGCAGAUUGAACAUAUGGCGUCCGGCGAGCAUCAUACAACUACUACUACCUCACUUCCCGUAUUGAAUUCCAUCCCAUCCAACGGAGUCGGCCCUUGA